AUGGCCCACGUGGUACGCGAGUUGGACCUCAACGCCUACUACGGCAGCCAUACCAUGAUGGACAAGAUGAACGUGGUGCCGGGUUUAAAGACGAGCACCGCAUUCUUCACUUUCCUACGGGCCAACCUCGUCGUCAACCCCUCCGCCGUAUCGACGCCCACCAUGGAGCCCACAUCCUCACCACUGCUCCCGCUGCCCUCGGCGUCACCUCUGGUGACAGUUGACGGCCCGCCCCAAAACGGACAUGGGCUGCACGCCGUGCCGGACGACCUACCUCCGCUCGCGGUCGGCCCGCUGACAUCCGAGCCCGACAAGGUCGCUGCCCUGCAGCUCAUCGCCGACUCGAUUGCGCAACAGCGCCAGUCGGCGUCGCGGAACCUCAUCUUCCACCCGUACCUGCUGGGCCUCUUCGCCGCCGGCCUCGGGCUCGCCUACCAGUACUCGUGGCGGCUGAAGCGCGAUCUCGGCACCGCGCUGCUGCUGCACUCGGGCGUCAUCAUGAUCUACCUACUCACCAUCCGCUACUUCACGGGCGAGUAUGUGCAGGUGGCCGAGAAUCUAAAAUGGAGCUGGCUGGUGCACGACCGCUACCCCGACGCCGGCAACAGCAGUCAUAGCAACACCCACAGUCGCACCAACAGUCGCACCCACUCUCGCAACAACAGCAACAGCAGCAACAUCAGCAACCACGGCCCCGACGAAGACACGAUAAUCGGCGUGCACUUCGGCAGCGCCCUCAUCGGCGCCCUAGUCCUGCGCCUCGAGCCGAGCCCGUCCGUGGCGGGCGGCGGCGGCGGCGGCAGCAACCGCAAGCGCGCGCGCAGCUCGGUGCUGCGCGGCGGGCGCGGCGUGAUUCGUGCCUGGACGGUUAAGCUCAAGUACCGCGGCAAGGGCGUCGGUGCCGACCUGCUGCACGAGGCGGUGCGCGCGACGCGCGAGCGGUGCGGCCGUGACGCUGGAGUGGGGUUUGCCAAGGAGCAUGCUAACAGCACCAUGGUGCUGCCCGAGGUGUUCAACGGACCCUUCCGCAGGAGCGAGCAGAGGGCCGCGAGGGCGCUAGAGGACGUGCUGGGCGAGUGGGAGGGCGGCAAGAGGAGGCGGAGGAACUGA